AGCAGCAGUAACAAAGGCUCAAAAAUGUUGACAAACGAGUGAACUGUUCCACUUGAGAACCAGUGUCUGCUUUUGACUUUGGUGAGAGAUUUGAAUGCAGAAGGGCUAAAGGGGGGAAAAAUAAACCAGAUCCAGAAACAUUGUUGACUGAAGUGACUUUUCAACAUGAAUCGUGCUUUUAGCAGGAAGAAAGACAAAACAUGGAUGCACACUCCUGAAGCCUUAUCAAAGCAUUAUAUUCCCUAUAAUGCAAAGUUUCUUGGCAGUACAGAAGUGGAGCAGCCAAAAGGCACAGAAGUUGUAAGAGAUGCUGUUAGAAAGUUAAAGUUUGCCAGACAUAUCAAGAAAUCUGAAGGCCAGAAGACACCCAAAGUUGAGUUACAGAUUUCAAUCUAUGGUGUAAAAAUUCUAGAUCCAAAAACAAAGGAGGUCCAGCACAACUGUCAGCUCCAUAGGAUAUCCUUUUGUGCUGAUGAUAAAACUGACAAGAGAAUAUUUACCUUCAUAUGCAAGGACUCAGAAUCAAAUAAGCAUCUGUGCUAUGUAUUUGACAGUGAAAAGUGUGCUGAAGAGAUAACUUUAACAAUUGGCCAAGCCUUUGACUUAGCUUACAGGAAAUUUCUGGAAUCCGGAGGAAAAGAUGUUGAAACACGGAAACAAAUUGCAGGUUUACAGAAAAGAAUUCAAGAAUUAGAAACUGAAAACACAGAACUGAAAAAUAAAGUCCAGGAUUUGGAAAACCAGUUAAGAAGAACACAAGUACAUGCAUCUCCACUGCUGCACAUAAAGUGUGAUAAUGAUGAACAUAUGUUUCAAAGACCCUCUACUUUUUUCUGGUGUAACAAUGAGGAUUCACCUCCUUGUUUAGAUAUCUCUUCCAUUACGCUUACUCCUAGGAGUUCUCCUGACUCUAGACUACCACCUGGAUUGUUAAUACCACCACCUUCAAAAAGUGGUCUUCCAAAGCCAACCAGUGAAUACAGCUGCCCAAGACCUCGUGCAGGCAGUGUGACACCUAAAUCACCCUCCACUGACAUCUUUGAUAUGGUUCCCUUUUCUCCCAUAUCCCCUCAAUCAUCAACACCUACUCGCAAUGGUACACAGCCUCCUCCAGUACCCAGUAGAUCUACAGAGAUCAAGAGAGACCUUUUUGGAGCAGAACCUUUUGACCCUUUUAGCUGCGGAGCAGGAGAUUUCCCUCCAGACAUUCAGUCCAAACUAGAUGAGAUGCAGCGUCAGCGAUGGAGGGGUUCAAAAUGGGAUUAACUCUUGAAGGCACAGUAUUUUGUCUUGACCCACUAGA